UUCCUCUAGGUGUGCCAUGCCUUCGGCUGCUACCGCAGAAACCCACGCGGACGAGCAUCUCCCCAGCGUGGCCUCCGAGAACAGCCGGCGGUCGGCGGAGCCCGGGGGCAGCCCCGGCACGGCCGCCAGCCCAGGGCCCCGCCACGCGUCCUCCGGGAGCGCCGCAGGCAGCCGGUCCCCCUGCUCCUUCCGGAGCUUGAGUUCUUACGACGACUACUCGGAGGACUUUCUCUCGGAGUGUUCGGAAACCGCUGUCCACAGCAACUACUCGGAGAAGCCUGCGGUCAAGGGGGAAAAGGAGGAGAAGAAAAACUGCGUUUCUCAAGUCUCCCAACGUAAAGGCCAGAAGGAGAUCUCAGCUGAAAGCAAGCACAGCCGGAAUGCAUCGAAUUUAAACUCCAAGAUCAGCACGACUGUCCAGAGAAGAGAGGCUGUGACUUACCGCAUACUCUCAGCAAGGCUCCACAGAAUCAAAGAACUGAAGAACGAACUGGCUGACAUACACCGGAAACUGGAAGCCACGGUUGUGGAAAACCAGUUUUUGAAACAACUUCAGUUCAGGCACUUGAAAGCCAUAGGAAAAUAUGAGACUUCACAGAAUAACGUACCUCAGAUCAUACUUAAACAUCAGAAUGAAGUUAAAAAUUUAAGGCAGCUACUCAGGAAAUCCAAAGAGAAGGAAAGAACUGUAUCCAGGAAACUGAGAGACACCGAGAACGAGUUGCUGAAAACCAAAGACGCCCUGCAGGCCCUCCAGGCGCUGUCUGAAGACAAAAGUCUCGCGGAGAGGGAAGAACUGACUCAGAGAUUGGCUAGUCUCACGACGAAAAUGGAGGAAAAUGACCAAAAGCUACAGAACUUGGAGAAGCAGCUGAGGUUGAAGACGAAAGCCUUCGGCCGGCAGCUGGCCACGGAGACCCAGAAGACUCUGGUCGCCCAGGCAGCUAAGGAGGCGCUGCACAAGGAGGUCCGGCGCCUUCAGCAGAAGCUUAAGGAGAAGGACAGAGAGCUUGAAAUCAGGAACAUCUACGCUAACCGGAUACUGAAAAACUUACAUGACACCGAAGAUUAUCCAAAAGUGUCUUCAACAAAGUCAGUACAAGCGGACAGGACCGGCGCUCCAGCCACCAGUGUGAGGCACCAGGAAACCCAGAAAUCCGAGGACGCCCCCGCCUGGAUGACUAAGAGUAAGAAGACGACAGGAAACGCUGGUCAUAGAGAAAAGCCGACGGAAACGGUCUGUGCAAUUCCUCGCUACAGCAGCAAACUACCAGGCCAAGAAGGUUCCGAGAGAAAACACGAAGGGUUAUCGAAGGACGAGGAACACUCGAGGGCGCAAGCAGCUCCGGAGAACACUGGAAGGCAGAGAGAGAAGAAAGCAGAUCAGGAGAAGCAAAUCCCUUUAGAAAAAGAACAAGAACCACCCCCCGAGACAACUCAAGUCACUCACCUCGAACGGGGAGGCCAGCAGGGAGACGAAGCGGCCAAAGAAGGGCUUCCCAAAAGCCUACAGACGAGUGAGGCGGACGAGGUGCCGAACAAAACCACUGCUCCCAACAUGAAAACCCUCCUCAGGCAGAGGAAGCGUUACUCAUUCACGGUAGCUACUGAAAACCUGCACCACGGGCUCCCUGCUUCGGGGGGGCCCGCCCCAGGCCCCAGGAGGUGCAACCCGGGCCCAGACAGGCGGCGCGGGGCCAGGGAGGGCCCGAGGCCCGAGCACUCCGCCAGCGUGUACGAGCCCUCCUUCGGGAAGUCGUCCCGGACAAAGGCAGCGGGGGCGGCGUUCAGGGACAAAAAGAGCAGCCUGAUGCGGGAGCUCUUCGGGUCAGGCUACGUCUUCAAGAAGGAGCAGGCCAGCGCUGCCAGAGAAGGGCCUGAGGAGACCUGGAAGAGCACGAAGGUGCCCCAGCCACCCCCCGGUCAGACCCCGGCCAGCAACGGUUUCGGAGACUCCAAAGUGACUGUGGUGAACUCGAUUAAGUCAUCCUCACCUACAGAAGGAAAAAUAAAAAUAAUUAUUUAAACAAGAUCGAUGUUCUACUGCAUUCGGGUCUGACGGCCUGGUUCUUUUGCGCCUUCACCCUCGUGGUCUGGCGUGUGUGUCUCUGUGUUUUCGGCACAUAUGCUGACUUUGGGUAGUUAAGGUUUUGUUGUUUUGCUGAUCUAAAGUUUAACAUCCAUUGUAUAUUAGCUAAUGACAGCAUCUCUAAUACAAAGCUACACCUUUUUUUUCCCUAUAACUGAGACGUUGCAACAGAGUUUUAAAAAAACACAGUCCAAAAAAAUCGCCAAACACGUGAAAACAAGGUUUUGAGAGAUCCGAGAGGAACAACAUAUGAGGGCCAGAUCUGCAAAGACUUCGCCUGUUGGGCCCAGAAAAUAAAUUACUUGUUAUACCCAGAAAAUAAACGUUUAAAGAAAUAAAAGUAGUUUUGGAAAUGGAGAGGGGGGUCUCUGCCUGCGGAGUCCCCCACCCCACCCCAUCCGCCACAGAGGGGAACAAGUCCACCAAGACAGGAUCCGCCUGGGGAGGAAAGGCGCCAAUCUCUCAAAGGAGAAGGGCCGGGAGCGUGUUCCUCAGUGGGCUCUCACUGGGUUCCGUUUGCACAGGAAUACACGUAAGGCUCAUCCAUCAUUGUCAGGCAGUAAGGAUCAAACAAUAGAUAACAUACAAAGAGCUACCAGGGCUUAUUCUGAGUCAGGGUCAGUUAGCUAAGGGGCUA